CUAGAGUUUGCCUCACUCCCCGGUAUUGACCGCUUCGGGGAUGAAUUCUGAAUUCGCCCGGUUCUCGUAGUUUCAGUAGUGCAAAGUCGUUACCUUAGCACACUUGCAGGAAGCCUGUUUCAGACCGCAGCGUAGCUCACUAUGCGACUCUGCGAGGACUACAUCACCUUCCAAGCAGCCGUACUGCUCUGACCGGUCAGUACCACGGACAGCGACUAGCAGAGACAGACUUUACAGAUUGAAGAAAGAGAAACUGUAGACACUGUAGACUUGGACAGGACACAUCAGAGGAACCACUCAGCACUUUCUGGAGGUCCAUCUGAACAGCAGUGGGUGCGAGCCCAUUCUCUCCUCACCAGUUGAUCCUCUUGAAAAGCUCAUCUCUGAAGACCUCUCCCUGACACCUUUGGACAGUUGAAGCAUGCUCUCACGUUUUCUUCAGGAAAUGUACUGUUGCUGUUGUGCCAUUUGAAGCUGCUAACUGAUGCUGCGUCACAUGAUCAGCUAAUGCCAGUGACAUGAUCCCUCUAUGAGGACUUUACAAAGUUUACAGCUGGAGAUCUGGGGUUUUGUCAUUUUCCAUCACUGUAACAAAACACGACUGUUAUGUUCACUGUGUUACUGAAAGGACUUAAUGGUGAUGGAGCCUCACCUCCGUUUUGUGAGGCCUGGAUCACAGCAAUAGCUGCCAUAGCAUUAGCACAGCAGGCCCAAUGGAACUGCGCUGAGAAGGGCCGUGCACCAGUCUGUAUUGCUUAAAAAGACAUUGCUCUCCCAACCAGGAUUCAUCUCUAUGACUUCCUGGUGCUAGUGUUGUCUUUCUCAAACACGUCCAUGGAGGAGCCUUUGCAUCUUCGUGAGAUUGCAUUAUUACGAUAAUGUAAAAUAAAUGUGUCUGUUACCCUGGUAGGGAUUCAUCAAGUACUCUUGAGUAUUGACCCGAGAAGAACUCACUCAGGAAAUGUUAAACUAGGACAGUUGAACUACAUGUGAAGUAGGACUACAAGUGCAACAUGAGUAAUGUGAAGUAGGACUACAAGUGCACCAUGAGUAAUGGGAAAUAGGACUAAAAGAGCAUUAGGACUACAAGUAGGACAGCCAGUGCAGCGGGACUGAAUGUGAGGUAGGACUAAAACAGCUCUAGGACAACAGGUGUAUCAGGACUACAAGAGCAGAACUAAGAACACGUGUAUUGGACUACAACGCUGGACAAGUGCAGUAGAACUGUAAAUUCAGUAGGACCACAAUGUUUGUUCAGUAGGAAUAUUGCAGAAAGUUUAGUUCCAUACGACUGCAACUCCCAUUACCCACCAUGGUGUUGCCGCAGCCAGACAAGCGUCACGUGUGCCUGACCACCAUGGUGAUCAUGACCAGCAUGGCCUUUAUGGACGCCUACCUGGUUGAGCAAAACCAAGGGCCCAGGAAGAUUGGGGUGUGCAUCAUCGUGCUAGUGGGAGACAUCUGUUUCCUUAUCGUGCUACGUUAUGUGGCAGUGUGGGUCGGGGCUGAGGUGAAGACUGCCAAACGCGGCUACGCCAUGAUACUCUGGUUUCUCUACAUCUUCGUCCUGGAGAUCAAGCUCUACUUCGUAUUCCAGAACUACAAGGCGGACAGGAAAAGUCUGGAGACGGUGGCCCGGAAGGCUCUAACCUUACUCCUCUCAGUCUGUGUCCCGGGUCUGUAUCUGGUCCUGGUUGCCCUGGACAGUAUGGAGUACGUCAGGACCUUCAGGAAGAAGGAGGACAUGCGUGGGAAGCUCUUCUGGGUGGCUCUGGACCUGCUGGAUGUCCUUGACAUCCAGGCCAACCUUUGGGAGCCCCAGCGGACCGGCUUGCCCAUCUGGGCAGAGGGCCUCAUGUUCUUCUACUGCUACAUCCUGUUGCUCAUCCUGCCAUGCGUCUCGCUGUCGGAGGUCAGUGUUCACGCGGAGCACGUGUCGCCCCAGAAGAUGAUGCUCUAUCCCGUCCUCAGCCUGGUCACCAUCAACAUCGUGACCAUCCUGAUCCGCGGGGUGAACAUGGUGCUGUUCCAGGACAGCAGGGUGUCCACCAUCUUCAUAGGGAAAAACGUGGUGGCCAUAGCCACGAAGGCCUGUACAUUCCUGGAAUACCGGAGGCAGGUGAAGGACUUGCCCCCGCAGGACCCCGGCACGUCGGGGAUGGCCGUGGAGCUUCAGCAGGGGAACUCGGUGGGUCACUGCCACGGACACAACCAGACCCUGCCCAACGCCACCACCAGCCUCUCCGAUGAACCCUCACCGACCGAGGUCAUAGACACAUGACCCACGCCCGUGGGGAGUUUGAUCGUUUUCACGCUAUAUUGCCGUUUGGAUUCAUGCUUGGAUUGGCUCUGAUAUUUUCCAUUUAAUGUUGAGCUCUCCAGCGUGGGUUCAGCAGCUAACAUUGAGCUCUCCAGCGUGGGUUCAGCAGCUACCAGCACAGUGCAGCGCGGCUUAGUAGCGUGAAAAUGGCGGAAAGUGUCGAGACUGGACUAGACUUUAGUAUUACAGAGCUCAGUAUUACCGUAAACCAAAACUGUUCUGGUCUUAUGGAGUGUCGGAAUGAAACAACAGGUUUCACUUGGACCCCUCCCGCUCAGGAAAACGGCCUAGCACUUUGCCAGCCAGCCGCCUCCCACAUGAACUGUUGACAGUGUUCUGAUACAGACUGAUGCGUUUUUCUGUUCUAUAAUGUGUUUUUCUAUACUUCACUAUGGUGGACUAGCAGACCGAAAGACAUAAAGGUGCCCUCUGAGAAAAAGCCCAGCUCAUACUCUGCCUUUUAACACAUCCUGGGUUCAAAUGCUAUUGGAAAUCACUUCAAACACUUUAUCUGGACUUGACUUGAUUGUGCUUGCCUGUUACAAAGCAACCAAUGGAAUAGUGGCAAGAGUGAAACCCACACGCUUCUGGCCCUCCAGAGACACUAGAUUAAAACAAAGUGUUUUUUAAAGAUUUGAAGUACUAUUUGAACCCUUGUCCUUUUUGACUCCCCGGGAGGUUUUGUAAUUCCAUGGCAGUGUUUUUACAUGAUGUACUGAUUGAAUUGUCUUUGUCAUUUUAGGAGAAAAUAACUAUACAUAACCACUGUCAUUGACAUGGCCUUCAUUUCAGGUUGGUACCCUCUGUGUGAGUGGGCAUGGAUUGGGGUGGAGCAAG